AUGGAGAGCGAGAUCGUCAUCAGCAACAUACGAUCGCUCAUCAAAAUCUUGGAGAGUAUUGCCGAAGAAGCCGCCAUAGAUCUGGAAGCGGAUCAGCAGUGCAUGAUGCAUGAUGUCAUUGCGAUGGCCCAGGAUUGCCACAAGAGAGUGGUCGUGCGGACGAGCUCUUUUAUCGAGAAAAAUGCGGAAAAGGAAGCGAGAGAAGAAGAGAGAAAACCGGGGAACAAGGAGAUAGCAACGGUCAUUCCGAAAAAAAGGGUAAGAUCGAGGUGAUCGACUUGGAUUCGGAUUCGGAAGCGCCCGCGCUCUCGUCCACCGAUACUACAUCAGAAUGAGAAAAACAGAGAAACGGCAGCUCUUCCGUCGGUUCCGCAGAUAUUGGAUUCUCUUCCGACGAAUCAAGCGGAAGGUCCGAAGAUAAAAAGGCUUUGAAUAAGCUCGGGUAUUCAACAGGACUCUUGUUAUUUGCCGUCCUAAAUCUUUUUUUUUUUUAGAAUUCCCACGAGACGUGGCGACGUCGAAAUGAUGAACGAAAGCGACGUGAAGCAGCCGUGGAAGUUCGGCGCCAGACGUAUAGUGUUUAUGGUAAACACAGAGAAAAGACGUUCUACAACCGUUUUGUGGGCCGCAAUUGUACAGAAUAAAUCCGCAUCUGAAGGUGAGUCGAGGAAGGAAGAGAAACUUUACACGAAAACUACAGCUUCCAGAGGGAGACUAUUCGUACCGUACGGGACGGUGA